UGUGGGAGGGGCAACGCAGUGAAAGGAACGUGCAUCAUCUGGGGCAAAUAAUCAUUUCUGUCGAACCAAACGGGCGUAUUUGUUAUUUAGCAAGCUAGCAAAGGUAAUAAAAUAGCUAGCAAGCCGUAACAUACACUCCUCUGUAGUAGCCUGGACAAGAGUUGCACAAAUGACAGAGCUACGGCACCGCGGAACGACGGAAAACGACCUACAACAUCAACAAUCCGAAGACAAGGGAUCUGAGAGUGAGGGGAAAGCAGAGAAGGAUGGGGCGUCUGACAGUGAGAGCAAGCCUGAUACAGGACCCCCGGGGGUGCCUGUCCCUGCUGAUGACACCCCCGAAGUCCUCAACAAAGCCCUGUCUGGACUGUCCUCACGAUGGAAGAACUGGUGGGUGCGAGGGAUCCUGACUCUGGCCAUGAUCUCCUUCUUCUUCUUCAUCAUCUACCUGGGCCCCAUGGUGCUCAUGCUGAUUGUGCUGUGUGUGCAGAUCAAAUGCUUCCAAGAAAUCAUCCACAUCGGUUACAGUGUGUACCACUCCUACCACCUGCCCUGGUUCAGAACGUUGAGCUGGUACUUCCUACUGUGUGUGAACUAUUUCUUCUACGGCGAGACGGUGACGGACUACUUCUCUAAUCUGGUGCAGAGGGAGGAGCCGUUGCGCAUCCUCAGCAAAUACCACCGCCUCAUCUCCUUUGCCAUGUACCUCACUGGUUUCUGCAUGUUUGUGCUGAGCCUGGUGAAGAAACACUAUCGCCUGCAGUUCUACAUGUUUGGCUGGACUCACGUAACUCUGCUGAUCGUUGUGACCCAGUCCCACCUCAUCAUCCACAACCUGUUUGAGGGAAUGAUCUGGUUCAUCGUGCCCAUCUCCUGUGUGAUCUGCAAUGACAUCAUGGCCUACAUGUUUGGCUUCUUCUUUGGACGUACUCCACUCAUUAAGCUGUCUCCUAAGAAAACCUGGGAGGGCUUCAUUGGUGGAUUCUUUUCGACUGUUGUGUUUGGGAUCCUGUUGUCCUAUGUGAUGGCGGGCUACAGCUUCUUUGUGUGUCCGGUGGAGUUUAACAGCGACCGUAACAGUUUUGAGGUGGACUGUGAACCCUCUGACCUGUUCCAGCUGCAGGACUAUGCCCUGCCUGCCGCCCUCGAGUCCCUCACUGGAUGGCCCACACUGCGCCUCUACCCAUUCCAGAUUCACAGCAUCUCCCUGUCUGCCUUUGCCUCCCUCAUGGGACCUUUCGGAGGCUUCUUUGCCAGCGGCUUCAAGAGGGCCUUCAAGAUCAAGGACUUUGCCAACACAAUUCCCGGCCACGGUGGCAUCAUGGACCGCUUCGACUGCCAGUACCUCAUGGCUACGUUCGUCAACGUCUACAUCGCCAGCUUCAUCAGGGGCCCUAACCCUGCCAAGGUGGUCCAGCAACUUCUAGCCCUGCGCCUGGACCAGCAGCUCCACAUCUUCAACUCGCUUAAGACCCACCUGACAGAGAGGGGUCUGCUGGAGGAGGAAGCCUAGGACCCCCACGGUCAGGGCCGGGGUCACCCUACUGGGGCCGGGAGGGCAGCCCCCUGGCACCAGAAAGCCCUGGAGAUGUGGGAGAAGUAGUGUGGCGCUUGUGUGAGAAAAUAACUCCAGCCUUUGGGUCAUUCCAUUUUGUGUGGGUGUGACAGAGGAUGUGUACAUUGACAGUGUGUCCUAAACUGUUUUCCUUCAGUGUUUCAGGUUGUCUGAGUUACUGUACCUGUUUAUUUAGUCAUGUCAGCCAUAUUAUCUACAACAGUCAUGUCACUUUGUGUACCACAAUGAGGUCAGAUGUACAUUUCCACACGUAUACAGGAUAUUCUAUACCUUUAGUGUGUGUGAGAAUAUUUCAUGAUACAUAUAUGUUUUAAUGCACUGCUCAACAUACUCACACUGUAUUGUCCUCAUCCUGUCACCCUGCCUGUUUUAUUCACUUCAUUCGUUGUAAUAAUUGUUUGUAUUUAUAAUAUUGGUGGUUAAGUUUUUACAUUGGUAUCUUCCAUUAAAUCUGUGUUUUGUCUAUGUGCAUUUUACCCCGCAGAGAUUCACUCUGCUAAUGGCAUAUGUCAUGCUGCAUAUGUGUGUGUCUCUCUGGUUCCCAAAUGGCACUCUAUUUCCUAUACACUACACUACUUUUGAUCUGAGCCCUAUUGGCUCCCUGGUCAAAAGUAGUGCACUAUAAAGGGUGUCAUUGUAGCCACUCAUGCUUCACCUGCAGCUUCGUUCACAUCCAGCCAAAUGGUGUGUGUGAUGUCAUGUGGGGGUAGAACCAUUAGAGGAAGUGGACUGUCUAUAUUAGGAACAAAACACCACUAGGGAUUUGACCGGAUUAUUGAGUAUGUCAUUAGUGUUACGGAAUGGAGGUCAAGGUCAAACUGUUUCCUGCACUGGAUGGAGUACACAGUUGUAAAAUGACAAAUGAAUAGUAUAGGAAGACUAGUUGGUAUUUCACAAAAUAUUUAAUUGCCAUUUCUGAUAGUUUACUACACAGUUGUCUGCCUUAAUGUAAGAGGUUUUAUGUAAAAUGAUUAUUUUUGUGUGGGAUUGAUAUGUUAGGGUUUUAGCAAUGGUUAUUUAUUUGCCAAUCAAGUUCCGUUAUCAAAGAUCAGUUCAUGGUGGAUGACAGCCAAAGCUGUUUUGAAAAGAAAUAUGAAGUUAACACUUUCAAAGAUUUUACUGAGUUACACUUAAUAGAAGGAAAUCAGUCAAUUUAUAAAAAUUCAUUAGGCCAUAGUCUAUGGUUUUUGCAUGACUGGGUAGGGGUGCAGCCAUGGGAGGGCAUACUGUAGGACCCACCCACUGGGGAGCCAGGUCCAGCCAAUCAGAAUGUGUUUUUCCACACAGACGCUCCCACAGGUGGAGGUCCUGGGCUGGCGUGGUCUGCGGUUGUGAGGCCGGUUGGAUGUACUGCCAAAUGAUCUAAAAUGAUGUUGGAGGGUGGCUUAUGGUAUAGAAAUUAACCUUCAAUUAUCUGCCAACUACUCUGUUGGACAUUCCUGUAGUCAGCAUGCCAAUUGCACACUCCAUCAAAACUGGGUCUGUGGAAUUGUGUUGUUUGACAAAACUGCACAUUUUAGUGGCUUUAUAUUGUCCCCAGUACAAGGUGCAUCUGUGUAAUGAUCAUGCUGUUUAAUCAGCUUCUUGAUAUGCCACACCUGUCAGGUGGAUAAAUUAUCACUAACAGCGAUGUAAACACAUUAGUGCACAAAGUUUGAGAAAAAUAAGCUUUUUGUGCAUAUGGAACAUUUAUGGGAUCAUUUAUUUCAGCUCAUGAAAAAUGUGACCAACACUUUACAUGUUGCGUUUUUGUUCAGUGUAUAUAUACUGUAUCUCUUUCUCUCUAUAUGCGCCAUGUAUUUCUGGCUCUGAUGGCCAUUGUUGAGGUUCUCAUAGGAAUGAGUGAGAUGGGACACCGUCCAUGUUUACAUCAGCUUUUGUAAUUGAAGAAUAGUUACAAAUGACCACCAUACUUUAAAAAAAAUAUGUUUUAAUCUUCUAAGAGGCAGACACACUUGUUUUCAGCUGUUAUAGAGUGUUAUAUAGGAAGUGCCAGGCUGGUGGAGUGAAUGAAUCAUGCUGUAUACAGUUUCCAAAGCUAUGGGACAGUAAUGGAGUCACAUAAUCACUUUGCUAGCAUUUCAUGCUAACGAUUUUUGCACUGCCAAGUCUGCUCCCUCUCAGACCACACUACCACAGCCUGAUAGUACAAACUCUGGCAGUGUGUCCCAAAUGGCAGCCUAUUCCCUAUAUACUGUACUGCUUUUGACCAGAGCACUGUGGGCCCUGGUCAAAAGUAGUGGACUAUAAAGGGAAUAGGGUGCCAUUUGGGGUGCAUCCCCAGGCUCACAGAUAGUGCUCAUGGUUACACACCCCUCCUGUGGGUCGAGAACAGUAGUAACACCAAUUUCAUAAUCAAUCUCACCAGAUGAACUAAGAAUAUAUUGUAAAGCUACAGAUGCUGUUGAUGUAUUUCCUCCUGGUUGCCAUUGUGAGAUCACCACCAAGGGGCUUUUGUGGUCACAUGAACAUAAAUGGUUAAGCUCUUCUCCUUGGUUGUA